UGUAGCCGAGCCUGCGAUCAUCUACAGUACAUUAAGCGGCUGAAAGGCGUUCUAACUCGGCAAAUCAUAGUGAAACCAUGGUCACUGGAAUCUCAGGGUGAGCCCCACACCCCCAGGAAUCAUGAAAUCAGGAAGUGGCACAGAGGACACUCCCAUGGAGGAGGGGAGCAUCCCAUUGGACAUCGAGAACAUCCAGAUGGUCUUGCAAGUGGAGCAGGAGCAGAUUCAGAAGAGGACGUUCACAAACUGGAUCAAUGCCCAGCUCUCCAAGAGAUCCUCGCCCUCAAAGGUCUCGGAUCUGUUCACUGACCUGCGCGAUGGGGUGCUUCUUCUGGACCUGUUGGAAGUUUUGAGUGGCCAGUGUAUGAAACGAGAGAAAGGUAGGGUAGGCAUGUUCCAGGGCAGGAGCAACAUUGAGACAGCUCUGAACUUUCUCAAGAAGAAAUCGAUUAAAUUGGUAAACAUCAACAUCCCUGACAUCAUCGAUGGCCGACCCCCCAUCGUCCUUGGCUUGAUAUGGUCCAUUAUUCUGCAUUGCCAUAUAGAGGAGCUGGCAAGCAGCCUGUCCUUCGGCUCACGCCAGUCAUCCUUGGAGUCGCUGGGCGGUCCGGACUCCCCCGGGGACAGCCCCAUCCAGCAGAGGGACCCCCCGCUCCACGCCCACCUCCGCAUCUCCGCCAGAAAGGCCCUGCUGCUGUGGGUCAGAGAGCAGUGCGACAGGGCUGGCUGUUCCCUCAGUAUCAAAGACUUCAAGUCCAGCUGGCGCAGUGGCGAGGCCUUUUUGGCAGUGCUGCGCUCCCUGAGGCCCGACCUGGUGGACCUGUCCCAGGCCAGUGGCAGAACCAACCGGCAGAACCUGGAGGAGGCCUUCCGCACCGCCGAGCGGGAGCUGCAGAUCCCCAGGCUGCUGGAACCAAAGGAUGUUGAUAUCUCAGACCCAGAUGAGAAGUCCAUCAUGACCUAUGUAGCCCAGUUCCUGCAGUACUCCAAAGGCCAGCCUGCCUCUGAGAAGGAGAAUGCCCAGGCGUCGGCCAAUCAGAAGGUCCGGGAGGUCACCUGCUGGUUGCGGAAGGCUUACCAGGAGCUGCAAGAGGGCUGGACUUCAGCAGAGGCAGGGAGUUAUGUGGAGAGGUACCAGGCAUUCCAGAUGUGCGUGGUGCCCUUUGAAGAGCAGCGGAGGUACAUAACCCCCAUGUUGAGCAUGGCACAGGACCCUACCCGGCCCAGCGAGGACCACCGUGCCCUCAGAGAGGCCUGGCACAUCCUGGCAGACACGCUGCAGCAGUGUGACAGGGCGUUGGAUCUGGGUCUUCCUGCUCCUCUGGAUGCAGUGGGCAGGUGGCUGCUGCAGAUGGAGAGCGUGCUCACUGAGGAGGGGGGAGGUGAACAGGACCACGCCCUCGCUGCCCAGGAUGUCCGAGAUAAGAGGGAACUGCUGAAGACCACGCUGAAGGACAUGGACGACCACCUGCAGACGCUGCGCACUUUCUGCAACGAAGAUGUGUACGGCUCCACCCUGGUGCCGGUGGACAAACUGGACCAGCUGAACCGACGCUUCACAAGUGCCCGUGUCACAGCCAAGUACCAAGGGAUGAUACUGGAUUACCUGGAGUUCCGGUACGCAGUGCUGGAGCUGCUGGCCCAGGCUGACAUCAAACUGCGGUCCUGGGGAACGGCCUACAAUUCCCAGGAGUCUGUGCGUGUGCGGCUCCAGGACUGGCACGACACUGUGGACAAGAAUGACCUGAUCACACACUUGGAGUCUUCCCUACGAAAGAUGAAACUGGUGGCAAACAACUACACCAGCAAGGCUGCCCUGGCGGCGGACGCCCAGCGUGUCUCCCGGCAGGUGAGGGAGGCGGAGGAGGAGACUGCGCUGAAGAUAGAGGCCGUGGCGGGAGCGAGGAGCGCCAUGGAGCAGGCCCUGUCUGCCUGGGACACGUACAAUGAGGGCUUGAGCUCUCUGCUGGCCUGGCUGGAGCAGGAAGCUCCCCGUACAGAGGUGACGGCAGAGUGCCUAGCAGAGUGGAGCACUCGUCAUGCCCACCUGAACGAGGCGGGAAACUACCUGAUGGAGGUGACGGAGGAGGGCACCGGCCGCAAGCUGGCAGCCCAGCUGCAAAGCCUCAACAAACAAUGGGCAGACUUCAUCAACAGGACCAGAUGUGCUGCGACCUCCCCACCUGGAGCUCCUCAGAGACCCCCCACGGUGCAGCAGCUGACCCAGGAAGCCACGCUGCUGAUGGCGGAACCGGCGGAGGUGUCAUCCCGCCCCCUGCGAACAUUCAGGAAGAAGCUGCAGCUCAUGAUAAAACAGUUAAAGGAGGCGGAUGCUCUCGCCGCCUCGCCCGAUUGGUCACCUGAGAACCAGCAGGAACUCCGCAAGGUGAUGCAGGAGCUGCAUGAGGUGGAACGUGCCAGUGCGGACCUGCAGAAGAGCGCGUCUGCAUUGGAGGGCAGGCUGGCCGAGCUGGAGCACUGGGAGAUUGAGGCGUGGGAGGUCUGCCAGCUCCUGAAGGAGAGGGAGAGGCGAGGCCAACAAGGUCACGACACCCAAACUAAAGCGCUGAUCUCUCGUGGGCUGCAGCUGGAGGCACAGGUGGUGGCGGAGGAGCAGGACUAUGGGGUCGCGGUGGAGGCUGUGCGGAGCCGCUGGCCCGUGCUGCACCUCAACCCAUCCCAGAUGCACAAGAGAGUCAAGAGCACCCUCCCUCAGGCACAGGAGACUGUGGGGAUGCUCAGCUCUCUCGGGGCCCGACGGCAUCAAGGCCCAGCUGAGUUCCAGCCACCCCCCAAACUCCUCAUUCUGUCCGACACUCAGGGGGCGCCAUUGAGCCAGCCCCAAAUCAUCCCCCAACACCAGCUCAAAAGCACCCCUGAACCCCAAUGCCAAACCACCCCUCAACCUCAGAAUCAAACCACUCCCAGACCAAAACCGCGCCUCCAGGUGUGCCCUCCUCACCAGGAAAGGGUGGAGUCCCAGCCCAGGGUCCAGGGUUAUUCUUACGCCGAGGCCGUAACUCACCCUCGGUCUAAAACAAGUUUCCGGACCAGAGGCCAAACUCAGACCCAACCCCAGACGCUCCAGGCUCAAGACCACAGCCCAACCCAGAUCCAACCCCUGAUCCAGCCUUGCACCUCCAUGCGAACUCAGGAUCCUGCCUGGCCCCAUGCUCAGGCUUCAACAAGACCGAACGAGCAGUCCCCAACUCAGGUUCAGGCCCAUGUUCGGGUCCAUGUCAGUGUCCAAACCCUUUCCCACACUCAGACCCAGACUUACAGCCAGCCUGUCCCCUCAGCACAGACUGACACACAGGCUGCAGUUCUGGCCUUCACUGGGACUCCACCACAGGUAGACACUGAGGUUCCCAGGGAUUCCCCGCCACAGACACUCACUGAGGUGCACAAGGGUUUCCCAACACGGGAACGUGCUGAGGUUCUCAGGGGCCCCCCACCACAGUCACGCACUGAGGUUCCCAGGGGCCCCCCACCACAGGCACACACUGAGGUUCGCAAGGGACCCCCACCACAGGCACACACUGAGGUUCCCAGGGGCCCCCCACCACAGGCACACACUGAGGUUCACAAGGGACCCCCACCACAGGCACACACUGAGGUUCCCAGAGGCCCCCCACCACAGGCACACACUGAGGUUCACAAGGGCCACCCACCACAGGUUUCCACUGAGGCUCCCAGGGGCCCCCUGCCACAAGCACACACUGAGGUUUUGAAGGGCCCCCCACCACAAGCAGACAGCACACAGUGA